UGUCCCCAAGACGUUUGGGUUCGCUGCGGUAAAUUCAGUUUCCUCAUCAUCGACAUUCCAACCCUGAAAUGGAGCGAUGCUCGACGAACACGUCAGAAGCUCGGAGGAGACCUCGCUAUAAUAAAAUCAGCUGCUGAGAAUAACUUCGUAUUCGGCUUAACAAUAAUAAUAAUAAAACGGAAAACUGUCACAGUUUGGGGUGUGUGGUUCGGCUUGGCCCGCAAAGCCGACACUAGGUUCUACUGGAAUGAUGACACUCCAGUGGCGAAAGGAUACACGGCUUGGGCUACUGGAGAAUCAAACAGUGUUAAAGAAAAGUGUGCGCACUUGUAUGGCACAGGAAACAGAGCCGGCAACUGGAAUGACAUACUGCGAUAUCAGUCCAACGUAUUGGACGAAUGCCCCAGUUAUUCUUUGCAAGAAAAAAGCAAGCUAAGUGACUUACAUCCCUUGAUUCAGAGUCCUGUAAUUGCAAGCAGAUUUAAAUUUUUGGAGCGCUCAGAUUUGUUGAUCAGUUUAAAAUAAAUUACACCGAAGAUUAUAAUUAAAAUCAAAACAGAGUUAAUCAUCUCUCGCAAUGGAAAAUAAAGGAGAAAAAUAAUCAGUAGCUACUUCUGUGAAAUGCCGAAAAGAAGAGACCUUUUGUGUAGAACUGCACUUUGAAGAGCGAGUCUUUGGUCAGGUGGUUUAUGUGAAGUAGAAAAUGAACUGCUUCAUGAAAAAACGUUCAGUUUCAAACGAGGUGAUUUUUGCCCCUUGAAUGAAUGAAGUCUUGACACUGCCUUACCCCAGCUUCCUUCGUACUAAAGUUAAAGUGGGAAACCAUUUAUUUAUUCCCAGUGAAAACUACCGUCAAAGGAACGUAAAUUUUAAAAACCAAAGUCUCAUUAAUUACCACACAGUAAUUUAGUGGGGUUAAUGUAACUCCUUACAGUGGAGUUAUUUUUGGGGAGAGUUAUUUUGACUCCAAAAAGGAGUUAAAGAACUCUUUUUCAGGUGUAAAACUCACCCCAGUUGUUGAGGAGUUAAAAUAACCCCCAAAAAGGAGUUGUCCUGUACUUGUAAUUUUUACUCCACUUUCAGAGUUAAAGUAACUCCAAAAAUGAGUAAAAAAAAACCCAUGUAAGGAGUAAAAAUAACUCAUUUUCGGAGUUAUUUUAACUCGAAUCCAGACUGGGAGUUAAAAGACCUUUUUUUUAGGACUAAAAAUAAUCCCAAAUUUGGAAUUAAAUUAGGAGUUAGAGUAACCCCAUAAAAGGGGUACCAAUUUUUACUCCAUUAGUUUGGUACACAAACUAGCGACUCGAGAAAAUCAGUUAUGAUUCAUUUUUAUGUUCGAAGGUCCUACAAUUUGUAUACCCUUGUAUAUAUUUUCCGUCAAUUAUCCAACCUACAAAAAGGUAUAGCCUGAUUGUCUUUUUCUUCUCGAUGGUCACUUAGGUUUUUUUAUCGGUACUAAUGACAGAAUUAUCGUUUUUAAAUAAGGAGGGGGAAAGGGUGUGGGUGAAAAACCCAAUCAUUACCUUAGUCAGAUGAACACACAAAUACAACAAAUAAGGAGCCGUUUUUUUCCCAAUAUAUUAGGCAAAUGUCUAUAAAAUAGAUCCGUUUUGGUACAAUUCAGGUUAUCGAGGCCUGUGAUCAGGCAAUUAACACAUUACUACUCAGGACGUAAUUUUCAAUCCAGUUUUUUCAAAAUAAAGGAUAGAAAAGGGGGGAAGGGAAGUUGAACAAAUAGACGCAUAUGCCCUCUGAGACGUACCCCAACGUACCCCACUAGCCAAGGCUUCUUCGUCUUUCCAGUUGCCUUAUAGAAUGCUGCGAUUGUUUCAGUCUGGCUGUUUCACGACCCCAUUCCAUUAUUGACAAUCUGAUAUUAGAUAAAACGUCCCUCCAUGCAAAUUAUAUCUGCGGUUUUUUCCUUGUACGUGUCUUGAAACUGAGACAAUUCGCGGAAUUGUUUCGGAUCGGUGACAGGAUGAAAAAGAACUUUCAAUUAAUGUUUUUUACUAUCGAUUUCAGUUCUCUUGGAGGCUCUUACAAGAUAACUUUGGGUGCCACUUGCAAAGAAAUCUUAAACAUGCUCGUCGUGUUUCUUUUGUAGCCGAUUUUCAUUAUCCAGAAAGGAAAGCUCUAAAAAUAUUUUUCGUAUUUGGUAACUUGUCUGUCUUGUAUGCAAAUUUUCAGUAAGUUUUCCUGAUUACAUGGGGUGCCAAAUGACAGGGUAGAAGCGUGUUUUACUUUGUUAUGCUAAAUUGCCAUGCCAAGUUCAGGAAACAUUUUUCGGAUCAAUAUAUCUGGAAUAAAUUUGUCUCUUCAGCUCUAAUGUUCUCUGGUAAAAACGCAAACAUUUCGGUCAAUAAACUUUGAUAAACAUUGCUUUCAUAAUUUCUUCCCAAUUUUCGUAAUGCGUUUCCUCGGCUUUUCUUCACCACUUAGUUCUUCUUCUUCUUCUUUUGUGGUUACAGACGGCUUUUUCCAACAAACUUAGAUUGUGUUUCGAAAUUCAAAUUGUAUUUUUAUAUAUUUUAAAGUGUUGGCACAUACUGUUAAACUAAACAGCUCUCUAUCAAUUAAUUUAUUUCACGGUCUGUGAACAUCGACCUCUACUCUACGAUUAUGCAGACCGUCAUCCACUAAUAAAAAUUUAAUGAAAUUUAGGUUGAUCCUUGAAUGAAUGUUGACUUUGUUUAGCUACAAGCCUUCCUACCUUUCCGAUAAUGAAAAUUACGCUGAGUAAAUAGUUUGAAUAUUAAAAGAAAAUUUACAAAUAAAAAAAGAAAGAAAAACAACACAAAAAUGAAUAGUCAUAUCAAAGAAACCUCAAUUUAAGACACGACGUUAACUCUCAUUUCUUGCCCUAAAGUUGAAGUUACCCGAGUAUGAAGGAAAGAUGUGAUUUAAUUUGCCAAAUGAGGCAAAACGUUCACAGAGGGAGUUAAGAGCGUAUAGUUACAAUAAAGAUUUUUCUCGCGAAAUGUUCCCCAGAGGGCUUCCAAAAGGCAGCCUUUUAGUACGGAAACCCGAAUGUAAUGGACAGUUUCGUUUGUCCCCAACCAAAAGCUCACAUCUUUUCUUUUGAAUUAAUCCGCUUAAUAUGGACAACGGACACUUUUCUGUGCCCCGAAUCACAAACUCUCAUAUAUCGUCAACCCCACUUUACGGACACUGGGUAUUUGUGCACUGCUAUCUUUAUAUGUGCGUUAAUUGUAAACAUUGUAUCCUGUUCAAGUAAUCAAAGCUUUCUACGGGUUAGUACGAUUUUAUUGGAGACUCAACGGCAAGCGGCAAACGUGAAUUUGUACCACGCGAACAAGUUUCCCCAUUUUUUUGUCGUUUACUGUUCAUUAUAACUACACGGAAAUCAUUAGUUUCAUGUCAGCUUUAUCCAUGAGAAUUGCUUUAAGCCGCUUUUAUCAGCUCAUUUUCUAUUUUGAGAAAUUCUCAUCUUGAAUCUGACGUUUGCCGUAUGCCGUGAAAGUGACUCUAAAUCGUGACGAGUUUGAUAUUUCGGGAUUUUGAUCAGUCCGUCUAUCUUCCGGUGUUUGACACCUUAUGCUGUGGUCGUUUUAUAACGUUUUCUGCCUUCUAUUACAAGUUUCACUUCCUUAACUUUUUAUAAUUAUUUCAUUUUCAUUCCAGUCAGUUGAGCCCCGUUCUACUGGCACCCGUAUAUAAGGGACGGUGUCCCGAGUCACAAAAUCUCAGACAUAUAUUUUCAAACCCGCUUUAUGGACACAGUUUAUCUGCGCGCUGUCCAUGACUGAAUAUCUUACCAGAGAAAACCUAGUAUUAUAGAAAUAGCGAAUUACCCUUAAAAGUUCUAUCUUAUGUUCAGUCCACCUGACUGAGGGGCAAACUAAAGGCGUCAAUACAAAUUUAAGUCACAGAGUCCAUUGUUGGUCAAGAGGUUGUUUUAGUCCGAGACUAUGAUAACUGAUCGUGACGUUUCUGUACUAAUAUAUAGAUUUAGCCAGGGCUAAAAGCGAAGCUCCAAUUUUAAUAAAUUUAUAAUUUAAAUCAAACAAUAAACUUUUAAUCCACAAAUCAUUUAACUUAAGGGCACAUUCAUGUGACUUUUGAGGGAAAGGCUAAGCUGGCUAAGUUAUUUUAGAGUGAAACAUCUUACAUCGAAUAUGUUAUAUAUUCCCAAAAAAUAGCAAACAUCUUCGAUCACAUUCAAGAUCACAGUAGAUUAGGCCUCGAAAGCAAAUUCUUGGAAAACAAAUCACGCCAAAUUUUUUUGCUUUCGACAGGUUUACUUUACAAAUUCUUGCCAACAAAUCUGGGGGUGUUUAAACCAACCUUUUAUAAUUUUUAUACACCACAUUUGAGGUGAAACAGUACUAUUUAUCAUACAGAGCUCGGACAGAAUGCGGUAUUUCACAAUUUUCACUCAGUCAAUAUUCAGCAAGAGCCAAACCGUUCAAAAAUUUCAGAAAAUUUCCAAAAUCACCCAUACGGCCAGCUGGUUCUCGUUUCUAUAGUGCGAGCUGUCAGUGUGGUCGAGUGUUUGAAUGAACUUUAACAGAGUUACGCUUCAACAUAAUAGCGAAUUUAUUAUUAUUUGUUUUGUUAUUUAAUGGUUUUAGUUAUAACGAUGUGUAAUCUUAUAAAGCGUUUGAUACGCGCGACAUUUUUGAGUACUCCUGCAAGCGAUGGUCAUGAACGAUGAAAACAAACGGCACGGACAAGCGAUUAAAAUUGCAAGAGAAACUACUAACAAUCAAAAAAAGAGAUAUAAUUCCGUGAAACAUUUACAGAGACAACAAUUUUCAUUCACGAAGACAAGUAUUAAAGUGUCUCUAAAAAUCCUGAGUCUUUAAGCGUAAAGCAUAAGUUUAUGUUUUAGCCGGCUUCCCAGCACGGUGUUUACUGUUUUCGAAGGUGAACUCCUCGAAGCAAGAAAAUCGCUCAAAGUUUUCUUUCUACAGCCAAAUUUAUAACUAAAUAUCCUUCGGAACGUUUUCUUUCUAUUUGUGGUGAGCAAAUAUAUCUGAAGGCUUUUUAAAGUUCUGUAAGCUUAUAUCAAACCUGAUACUAGGUCAGAUCAUUGACUCAAAUCCUGCAAACGUGCAUAAACUUGCCGCAAAAACUGUCAGCGUGAACUGUGGAAGACUUCAUGAAACACAAACAUCAAAUACAAUAAUUACUUAGGCUUACCAUUCGAGAUUCAGUUCCUGAAAGCUAUCAAGGGAGGCCACAGUUGCUUGAGACUUUUAAACCCUCUUUCGCAUUAAGCAAGGUGAAAAACGAAUACGAUGCCAUCCGAAAUCGAAUUACCGAAUUUUGACAAGCGACGCAUUUCUCAACCAAAACCCAGUAAACAAACCAGCCAUGAAUAACAGAAGACUCUUGAUAGCAGCUGUAUUUCAUUUUGUACCUCCAGAGGAAAAAGACAGUUAAAAACUUCACAAGUUGACACAAAGCUCUGUCAGCUUCAGCUGUCAAAGUAAACUACUUUCAAGAUGCUGCAAAAUUUUUCCGCAUAAACUCACCUGUCAAACUUUGACCAAUCAGAGUAUAAAAAUUGGACGUAGAGCGUGACCAACGCGAGACCAUGGUAAGAUAAGGUCUUCCCCGCCUGUACUUUUAAAAAAACUGGAUGAAUUUUCGAAUUCGCUUCCGAGGUCAGUUUGAAAUCAAAAUCCUAAUAGUGCGGGGCCAUAGUGACAUAAACACAACAUAUUUGAUAUGAAUCCUUGGAAAAAAUAAACUUGAGCCUGCGAUCAUUUGAAACUGGUAAUUUGUCAGCGGAUAACUUUAAAAAAUACUCGACCUCGAUGGGUCGACACUUGAGCCCGCGGUACGGUCAGGUGAUACUUGUCAGCGGACGCCCUCUUUUGAUAGCUGUCAAUUGAUCACAACAUUGAUGUGCAGCCUGUGCAAUUAGUUUUCUCUUGGGCUCCCAAACUAGCUAAAAGUGUGAGAGUAAACAUUGGUUUUCCUGUGGUGCGGACGGACGGCGGGCGGUCGGUGUACGGUCACGUGAUUACCAAAUUUUCUGGGAUGGGUAGAUUUACUUAGCAAUGGGGCUCCGCCCACGCGCGCGCGCUUCGCGCGCGCGUGGAGCUCCGCUAUUAACUUGUUACAGUCAUUGGCAUGAAAUCAAUAACGUCUUCUCGUAAAAAUGUCUGUGAAUGCCCGCUUAAUACGAACACACGGAUAAUACGGGCAAUACGGCAUUGAUCUCCUUCGUGUUCGUAUUAACUGGGUUCCACUGUAUUAGGAAUUUUGUGAUUUCAAAAAGUGGUUGCAUAUUCAGGAGGCACUUACUUCGGCUUUUAUUAAUUCAUUGCUAACAAUAAUAACAGUACCGUCAUUGAACUUACUGAAAGAGUUCGCAACUUUUAAAAAUUGACUUAAACAUAGCGUGGCAAUUUCUAGGACGUUUAGCACGAGAUAUGAGGCCUUUACUGCCCCGAUGCAUUUCAACAUCUUGUCCAAAUGAGGAUUACAUGUACACCACCAAAUCUACAUCUGAAUCUUUUUUUAGCACCGUCAUUACUUUGAUAAGCUGGGACGCGAAAUUUGUUCUCGUUAAGAGUCAGUGAUAAGUUAGCGAAGACCAUAGUAUAGCCUUGAGAUAGUGAUGAUUCAUCAAGUGGACUUACUCAAAGAAACUUGACUUUCAUUUCUCGAGGUUAACGCGAAAAGGUUACCCAAUUUUUUGGAUCCAAGAGGACUUCAACUAUGUUUGGAAAAUCGAGUUUCAUCGUUAUUGUUUUUAUCCUUCUUUCAAGCAAUUUUGCUGAAGGCAAACCUCAAAGUUCCGAUUUGAAAAAGUCACCGGCGCUUACAGUUUACAAAAAGCCUCAACCGAUCGAUCAAACAUUUAACAUCAACAACUGGGGCCUGGGAAAAGCUGAUCGAAAACUGCCAACCGAGAUGAAGUACAAAAUUGACUACCUGUACCAGAAAUCG